AUGUGGAGAUAUAAAAAUCAAAAUAGAACAGAAAGAGAAUCACAAUACCCACCAGAUAAUCAAGUAAAAAAUAAAGAAAUAUAUAAAAUAAAUUUAAAAACAAAGGAAUGUGCAUCAGACGACCAUUAUGCUAAUGCAACAAUGGAACCUUUUAAUAAUCUGGUUAACAUAGAUGCCCUAAAAAAUGUCUAUACAGAUUUGCUUUAUGAAUAUGCCACUAGACCUAAUUGUGAUAAUAUUACGGAUUGUGGAAGCAAAUAUUUGUUUUGUCAUCGUUCUCAUGGAAAGCCUGAAUGUGUGGCUAAAAUUAAGAUUGGUGGAAAUUGUACGGGAUUUGAAAAAGAGGAUAUUUGUAUGCAUGGAUAUUGUAAAAAUGGAAUAUGUUUGGCUAAAGAAAAUUUAAGUACAAAAUCACAAAUAAAAUUAACAACAAUAAAAUGA